GUGAGCAGGGCGAAGGAACUCGGGUUGUCUUUCAUAGCGGACCACCAUCGAGUCUGUGUGUCGAGUCGCGAUAACAGCAUCUUCUGCUGUUAUUCAGCUCUCGCACAUCAAUGACACUAUACAGUGUUGAAACGUGCUUUUUUCAUACGAGAUUAUUUUCAUAGAUUUAUUUUCUUUUUUUUUUCUAUAGAAUUUUUUGUACAUCCGUUUUUUUCUUUUCUUGUCGCCAUGGUGCUAGGAAAAGUGAAGAGCUUCGUUGUAAGCUAUGACUGUCACAAUGACAGCAACGUCCCCGUUUUCUCCAGCGGGGACAGCGUCUCAGGAAGAGUUAUCAUCGAAGUGACGGGAGAAAUUCGCGUCAAGUCGUUGAAAAUUCACGCCAAGGGGUUAGCGAAAGUGCGCUGGACUGAAUCUCGAAACGCUGGCUCCAACACUGCCUACACGCAAAACUACACGGAAGAAGUGGAGUAUCUAAAUCACAAAGACAUCCUUAUUGGCCAUGGAAGAGAUGAUGAUAACUCUGAGGAAGGUCUCACCACAAUUCAUUCAGGAAGACACGAGUAUGCAUUUAGCUUUGAGCUUCCACAAACACCUUUGGCUACCUCUUUCGAAGGGAAGCAUGGCAGUGUGCGCUACUGGGUGAAAGCAGAGCUGCACAGGGCAUGGCUUCUGCCCAUGAAGACCAAGAAAGAGUUCACUGUUUUUGAACAUAUUGACAUUAACACUCCCCUCCUGCUGUCUCCACAAGCAGGCACAAAAGACAAGACACUAUGCUGCUGGUUCUGCACCUCAGGUCCAAUCUCCCUAAGUGCCAAAAUUGAAAGGAAGGGUUACACCCCAGGAGAACUGAUUCAGAUCUUCGCAGAGAUCGAGAACUGUUCCUCGCGCAUGGUCGUGCCAAAGGCUGCCAUCUACCAAACGCAGACCUUUUAUGCCAAAGGGAAAAUGAAGGAGAUCAAGCAGCUGGUGGCCAACAUUCGUGGCGAGUCUCUGUCUUCUGGCAAGACAGAAACAUGGAACGGGAAGAUGCUAAAGAUCCCUCCCGUGUCACCAUCCAUCCUGGACUGCAGCAUCAUUCGAGUAGAGUAUUCCCUCAUGGUCUACGUGGACAUUCCAGGAGCUAUGAACUUGUCCCUCAACCUGCCUCUGGUGAUCGGCACCAUCCCCCUCCACCCAUUUGGCAGUCGCACAUCCUCUGUGAGCAGCCAGUGUAGCAUGACCAUGAACUGGCUAGGCAUGAGUCUCCCAGAAAGACCUGAAGCUCCCCCAGCUUAUGCAGAGGUGGUCACAGAGGAACAGAGACAAAGCUGCAUGGAAGUGUCCUCAGGCCGUGAAGAUUUCGAGUGCCCACUGUUUGCCUACAUCCAAGAGUUCCGCUUCCAGCCUCCUCCCCCAUAUUCUGAGAUUGAUCCAAAUCCAGAUCAACCCAGACAGCCCGAGGAGCAGAGGCCCGACACAUGCCCAUCACGCUGAAAAGCUCAAAGUACCAGCUCAGAGCAGUCGUGCCCUACAAAACUUUCGACUUUCAUUUUUUUCCCGGAGACGGCGAGUGCACUUGCUCUGCUGUUGAUGCCGAGAGAAAAUGAACAUGCAGGAAGAAGGACAGUGAAGUGCAGGAGCUUUCUGCCAUGUCACUUCAUUCCUGCCACAGGGAAGUGUGAUCACAUUGCUCAUCCAUGUCGAUCCCUGUGGACAGACGCACCUGGUUGGACUGAGACGCCAGGACUUAAUCAGCCUAGUUUCUGUUGUCCUCAUGCUUCUUUUCUGUAACCAUGGCACAAAGUAAGGUUCUGUAGCAAAAAGCUACCUGGAUACAGACAAAAUAUGCAGAGGAUACACUAUAGCCACCACCUGCAGUUAAAAAGGAGAGAAGACUAGAAUCUCUUUGCUUCUGUUGUGGAUUUUUGCACAUCUUGUUUUUAGCUUGAGUUCUAAGGCUCAGUUUGAAAAUCACUAAUUGUUUCAUUUUCCACUGUCUUGGUCUAAUACGACUUAAAUGAUUUGCAGGCUUGUUACGCUUUAUCCGCACAACUUGCUAAAAAUAGAUGCAGAGACGAAAAUAUGACUGAAACACAAAUCUUGCUCUGAUCUAGUUUUAGCAGUUCUUAGGUGUUUUUUUUGUUGUUGUUUUUAAAUUGCGUUCCCUCCUAAGGAUGUGCAGAUGACAAACUGCUCCCAGUGGCUUACACCACCUGACUCUUCAGGCUUGGAUGGCAUUGUUGCCUGUGUGAGUUGUAAUAACAGCGUGACUUUUCUUUUUUUUGUUCCCUUCUGUCCACAUAGAUACCAUCUAUAAGUUUUAAACAUAGAAUGCCUUCAAGCCGAUCUCCAUUUGUUUGGGGA